CCAGAGUCGCGCUGCGGAGCCGAGGCCGGGACCGGGGCUGGGACCGGGAGCGGCAGAGCGGCGGAGAGAGGUGCGGGGCUGGGCUUGGCGAGUCCCGGGCAGUGGAUCGGCGAGGACACUGCUGCGGGUGCGAGGACCUAGGGGCCUUGGGGUUGUCGGGUUGUCCAGGCUCAUCUCCUAACUUGCUGUUUACCCUGGAGAAGCUCUUGACAUGAAAACGAUGGCAGCCAUCAGGAAGAAGCUGGUGAUCGUGGGGGACGGCGCCUGCGGCAAGACCUGCCUGCUGAUCGUCUUCAGCAAGGACCAGUUCCCCGAGGUCUACGUGCCCACCGUGUUCGAGAACUACAUUGCUGACAUCGAGGUAGAUGGGAAGCAGGUGGAGCUGGCCCUGUGGGACACGGCAGGGCAGGAGGACUAUGACCGGCUGCGGCCACUCUCCUACCCAGACACAGACGUUAUCCUCAUGUGCUUCUCCAUUGACAGCCCGGACAGCCUCGAGAACAUCCCUGAGAAGUGGACACCAGAGGUGAAGCACUUCUGCCCCAACGUGCCCAUCAUCCUGGUGGGGAACAAGAAGGAUCUGCGGAACGAUGAGCACACGCGGCGGGAGCUGGCGAAGAUGAAGCAGGAGCCUGUGAAGCCAGAGGAAGGGCGGGACAUGGCCAACAGGAUCAACGCCUUCGGCUACCUGGAGUGCUCGGCCAAGACCAAGGAGGGCGUGCGGGAGGUCUUCGAGAUGGCCACGCGCGCGGGGCUGCAGGUGCGCAAGAACAAGAGGCGCAGAGGCUGCCCGCUGCUCUGAGCGCCCCGGGACCUGGUGGUGCCAGUACCUGCCCCGCGACCCUCUGCACAAGAGCUGCCACCCAAGCCCGUGGGGUGACCCCACGAGGCUGCAGGACCGCGAGGGGCCAGUGCCUUCAGUACCCACUGCUCUCCAUGGGCUGGGCCUUCCGUAGCUCCCCACAUCUCCCCGUUCUGUGCCAGCCUCCCUGGUUGUGCCUCUGCCGUGGGGAUCGCCGCGGGCAUCUCCGGCUCCGGGCAGGUGCCACAGCAGCUGGAGGUGCCGGUGCCUGCAGCUCGCCUGUGGGGUCUGCUGUGCCCUCGGCGUCCCUGCGGCUGGUGGGCAGCACGCACCAGUGUUUCACAGAGACGUGUCUGGGGCAGCCUUCAGCCUCAUCUAUGGGCAGAGCUGGGCUUGGCUGCUGCCAGAAGCACUCUGCCCGCGGGACUGUGCCUCUGCCCAGCUCUGCCAGCAGCGCUGCCUUCCAGUCUGCAUUGGUCACGGACUUGGCACCAGUAAACUGAACUGCGUAGUUGGGAGAAUAAAUGCAAACUGGUAUUUUA